AUGUUCGUGUCUAGGUCUUCGACUAGCGUGCUGCGCUCUGUGCCCGCCCAGGUUCUUGCUGGCUCGCGCUCGCUCUCGACGAGCGCCUCGUCGAUCCCCAAGGCUGCUCUGAACGAGACUGCGCCCGUGGCCUCGAUUACGGUGGCUGCUCGUGCUGGUCCCCGUUUUGAGUCGGAGGCCGGUGUGGCUCACGCUCUGAAGAACUUUGCUUUCCGUUCGACCAAGGACCGCUCGGCUCUGCGCAUUGUGCGUGAGGCUGAGCUGAACGGUGGUGUGCUCUCGGCCACGAUGACUCGUGAGCACCUGCUUCUCACUGCUGAGUUCCUCAAGGGUGACGAGGAGCACUUUGCUAAGCUCCUGGCCGAAGUUGUUGGCAACGGCAAGUACUGCCGCCACGAGUUCAACGAGGAGGUGGUCCCCUCGCUGGCCGCUGACCUUGAGCAGGCUUCGCAGGACCCUCUUGCGACGGGUAUUGACGCUCUGUUCUCGACGGCGUUCCGCAACCGUGGUCUCGGUAGCUCGCUGUUCGCCAACCCCUCGUCGCCGGUGACCGUGGAGGCUGUGCGUGCGUUUGCGCCGCGGGCUCUGAACAGCGCAAACAUUGCUGUGGUCAGCUCGGGCCUCUCGGCUGGCGCCCUUGACUCGCUCGUGUCGCAGACCUUCACUGAUGUGCCCGCUGGCUCGGCUCUCCAGGCUCAGCCGUCGAAGUACUUUGGUGGUGACUACCGCGCUGCCAUCACUGACUCUCACGGCCACGCUCUGCCCAACGACUACCUGUUCCUGGGCUUCGAGGGUGCUGCUCUCGCCAAGUCGGCUCCUCUGCAGGUGCUUGAGACUCUGCUUGGUGGCUCGAACUCGGUCAAGUGGUCGACUGGUCUCGCUCCGCUGGCUCAGAUUGGCGGUGCGACGGUGCGCACCUUCAACUCAUCUUUCCAGGACACUGGUCUGUUCGGUAUCUACAUUAGCGCCCCGACUGCGAAGGUGACUGACGCCGCGAAGGCUGCUGCUCAGGCCCUUGACAAGGCGGCGAACAGCGUGUCGUCGGAGGACGUCGCUCGUGCCGUGGCCCAGGCCAAGUUCCUGGCUGCCUCGGACUUUGAGGGCAGCCGUGCUUCGAGCCACCAGACUGUGGCUUCUGGCCUCCUCAACGGCUCGGCGACCGACGUCUCGAGCGUGCUCUCGGCCCUUGACGCUGUCAAGGCGUCGGAUGUAUCGUCGGCUGCGCAGGCUCUCCUGAAGAGCAAGCCGACUUCGGUGGCUCUCGGUGAUGUCAAGGCGCUGCCAUACGCGGACGAGCUCUUCUAA